AAAUUUAGAUUUCUUAGGGACGUCAGUACAGUCAAGGGAGACAAGUACAGAAUAUUUUUUAAGGCGAUCUAAAUAUCUGCAGAUGCUUCCUAAAUGAGUGGAGAUGUCUGGAGUGUCUGUCAGUCUGUGGGUGAAGGCGGAACCGUUCAGUUACGGAGCUCUGCCAGUCACACCUCACCCCCGCCUUAAUUUCAGUAAUAUUAAGAAGAUUGUGAUUUACGCCAAGAACAAAGGGGAGACUGGUUUUCCAUUGCUCAGCUACUCAGUGUGGAAGCACAUUGCCUGUAACAAGCUCCAUCUGACAGAAGACCUUGCAUGGAUGUACUUCUCGUCAUGUCAUCUGUUUUGUGACUCUGUGUCACCUGUUGAGAGAAUUGAAUGGGAUGAAAAAUUUGUUCACGCUCAGUCUCAAGCCAAAGCAGACAGCCUGCGCCUGAAGCUGAGUGUGGACACAUACAAGAUGGUUCUCUAUCUGUACAUCCAGCAGCUGUACCGCGUGUCGCUCCGGGCAUCACUCGUAGCUGGCGACGAAUGGCCGACACAGUCUUCUGUUGACUUGGAGGGAAGAUCUACACCAAGAGGAACAAAGUCGAUGGAUGACCACAGCCACCUAGUGUUUGUUCAGAACCACCUCAGUGAGAUGCUGGAGCUGCUGGCUGAGCCGGACAGUAUUCCGCGGAUCAGUGGAUCUCAACCGGGGAACCUGUCUCUAAGAGCCAUUGAGGCGCUCAGCUGUCUGCUUGACGGAUCCAUCGACAAGUUUAAAAGCCUGUUGCCACUACAAGAAAUAGCCACAAUGCCAGUGGUGCAUGUACACAGUGGAUACUCGAAAGUAAACAAGACGUUUUCCGUACGAAUCUUCCAGACUUGGGUGAAAGAUUACCUCACACAGAACCCGUUUGGUGUCUCGGCUUGCAUUGCAUCUGGUGUUAGACUGUCCUGGCCUUUUGCUGGUGAUGACUCAAAGAGUGAUGUUGUUAGUUCAACGAAGAGAGGAAAAAUAGCCACUAAUGCUAAUAUUGUACCCAAAGCCAACACAAAAGGUAACAAGAUGAUAAUUAUGAGUCAGGUUGGCAAGCAGACAGUUGCUCGGAGUUCUGGCACACUGGAGAUGAGUUGUGUGAAGAUACACAGAUGUCACUACUCCUUCCUCUACCUGCUUUCUCCUCUCAGGUCUGUGACGAUCGAGAAGUGUCGCUACACCACGGUUGUGCUCGGUCCCGUUGAGACGUCCAUCCACUUCAGUAACUGUGAAAACGUCACUCUGAUUGCCUGCUCCAGAAAUGUCAUGGUCAGUGGCUGCACGCUGUGCACGUUACAUCUAAUGACCCCAACCCGACCUCUGUUACUCGGUGGUAACGACACAGUGCUACUGGCGCCGUAUCACACUCACUACCCACGACUCGAGGAACACAUGGCCAAGGUGGGCAUCACGGCUCACCUCAAUGUCUGGGACCAGCCUCUCUGUGUUGGUCCCGACCACCGAGAUGACCAGCCGAUCUGGGAGCUGCUCCCCGUCCAGGAGUUCUUCACAUUCAACAUUCCUUUCGAGAUAACCGGACCCACCAACUCGAUACCAGGAGGCCUGCCAAGUCGCUAUCAACGAGCUGUCACUCAGCGGCAGAAGGCCAUUGAUCGCUGGCAGAAGAUGGUCAAAGACGCAGGACUAACACGUGACCAGAGAAAAGAAUUCCAGAGUCUUGUCGAAACCAGAUUUCAUAUUUGGUUGGCCGAAACUGGACACAAGCGAGAAGUGGACAGCCUUGUGGUUCCCCUCCAGACCACCAAGCAAUGAGAUAAUUAAACCCGUUACACCGACUGCCAGACUGUGAAUUAUUCUUUACAACAGCUAAUAAACACCAACAAAUCGUCAAUGCAGAACCGUAUGAUGUCGGACGUUAGACUCGGACUGUUUGGAUUAUUUCUACCAAGCACAUGAAUUUAACAUUGUGAUUUCAAAACCCAUUAUCUCGAUUAUUUCUCCCAAGCACAUGAAUUUAACAUUUUUAAUUCAAAACCCAUUAUCUUGAUUAUUCUCAUGAUCUCUUGUCGUCCGUCCAUUAUAAUAUAUAUAUUUUUUGUAUAUUGGUUAUAAUUUAAAUAUUAUGUAUAAUAAAAAUUUAACUGUU